AUGGCUGCCUCAAACAUGGUAAAUCCCGCCGUGGACCCCAACGUCGAGGACGAGCUCUUCGCCAGGGAGGUCGAGGAGGUCAAGAGGUGGUGGAGCGAGCCGAGAUGGCGGUACACAAAGCGGCCCUUCACGGCCGAGCAGAUUGUCAACAAGCGCGGCAACCUCAAGAUUGAGUACGCCAGCAACGCCCAAAGCAAGAAGCUCUGGAAGAUUCUCGAGCACCGCUUCCAAACUCGCGACGCCAGCUACACAUAUGGCUGUAUGGAACCCACCGCUCUUACACAGAUGGCCAAGUAUCUCGACACGGUCUACGUCUCGGGUUGGCAGUCGUCGUCGACCGCCUCCUCGACCGACGAGCCUGGCCCGGAUCUUGCCGACUACCCCUACACCACGGUCCCCAACAAGGUCGGCCACCUGUUUAUGGCCCAGCUCUUCCACGACCGCAAACAGCGCCAGGAGCGCAUGUCGGUUCCCAAAGCCCAGCGUGCCAAGCUCGCCAAUGUCGACUACCUGCGCCCCAUCAUCGCCGACGCCGACACGGGCCAUGGCGGCCUGACGGCCGUUAUGAAGCUGACCAAGCUCUUCAUCGAGAAGGGUGCCGCCGGCAUCCACAUUGAGGACCAGGCCCCCGGCACCAAGAAAUGCGGCCACAUGGCCGGCAAGGUGCUCGUGCCCAUCUCCGAGCACAUCAACCGCCUGGUGGCCAUCCGUGCGCAGGCCGACAUCAUGGGCUCGGACCUGAUCGCUAUUGCACGCACCGACGCCGAGGCCGCGACGCUCAUCACAACAACCAUCGACCCGCGCGACCACGCCUUCAUCAUGGGCAGCACCAACCCGAAUCUGCAGCCGCUGGCCGAACUGAUGCUGGCGGCUGAAAAGGCCGGCACGUCAGGCGAACAGCUGCAGGCCAUCGAGGACAAGUGGCUGGCAAAGGCCGGGCUGAAGCGCUUCGAUGACGCCGUGCUGGACGCCAUCGCCUCCGGGUCAUACCCCGAUCCCAAGGCGCUCGCGGACCAAUACCGCGCCGCCGUGAAGGGCAAGCAGCUGUCCAACCGGGAGGCGCGGGCCGUCGCGCGGCAGAUUCUCGGCCGGGACAUUUUCUUCGACUGGGACGCGCCGCGCACGCGCGAGGGCUACUACCGCCUCCAGGGCGGCUGCGACUGCUCCAUCAACCGCGCCAUCGCCUACGCGCCCUACUGCGACGCCAUCUGGAUGGAGAGCAAGCUGCCCGACUACAAGCAGGCCGAGGAGUUUGCCAAGGGCGUGCACGCCGUGUGGCCCGAGCAGAAACUCGCGUACAACCUCUCCCCUUCCUUCAACUGGAAAACCGCCAUGUCCCGCUCCGACCAAGAAACCUACAUCCGCCGCCUCGCCUCACUCGGUUACUGCUGGCAGUUCAUCACGCUGGCCGGCCUGCACACGACGGCGCUCGCCAGCGACCGCUUCGCGCACGCCUACAGCCUGCAGGGCAUGCGCGCUUACGGCGAGCUGGUGCAGGAACCCGAGAUGGAGCUUGGCGUCGACGUGGUCAAGCACCAGAAGUGGAGCGGCGCGGCGUACGUGGAUGAGCUGCAGAAGAUGGUCACGGGCGGUGUUAGCUCGGUCGCGGCUAUGGGGAAGGGGGUUACCGAGGAUCAGUUUCAUUAG